CAGUGUUUGGAUGCAUGUUCCCGACUCAUCAGUACCCUCUAUCAUCCCCUCCUAGUCCACUUAGCCCUCUAACCCCAGUAGUGCCUAUUGUGUACUCUCCAAAUGAUUCCAUGAUGCCCAAUGGGGAGAAUGCAAUCUAUAAUGCCCAGCCUAACAGCCCAGUGCCUAUAAACUCCAGCUCUCCAAUAUAUUGUGAUACAUAUGUCGGGUAUGGGUCUCCAUACCCAUGUGUCAUGUACACAGUGUGCCCUGUGAUGCCCAUGACCUUGUCGAGUCCAUCUGAUGACGAGAACAGAAAUGACGAAUCAUACAGGUACGAUUAUUCAGGACAAGCAUUGAGUCCCGAGCCUACAUAUGCCUCUCCGCCGUGCCUACUUCUGUCACAAGUAGAAAACUUCGAAGACUCUUCAAGAGAUAGUACACCCCCCGUCAUUGUCACAAACAUAUUGCCAGAUCAUAUGAGCAGUGAUGUAUCACCACCUGUACCAGUUACGGAGGAAAGCCAGGAGAAUAAUUCAGAACCAGAUAAGCCAGACAUAGGUGUAUUUGGGGCUAAUGGUUGUUGGUAUCCAACUGUUAAGAGCAAUAGCAAAGAAUUUAAUGUGAAAAUUGAAAUUCCUGAUUCCUUGCAUGCGUCAGAGACCACCAUGGUGAAGCAUUCUGAGUGGCAACCAUGCGACAUCCAAAACACAGAGAACCCAUAUAGUUCUCCUCCGCUAUCUUCCAGGCCAUCAGUCCCAGUGUUUGGAGUGGCAACAUCUCAGAGAGUAAAGCCAACACUGCCCAAGUAUAAGCCCCAGCCUGUCAAUGUCUCUCUCCCUUUUUACAACUGCUACCAUCACCUAGACCUUUCACCGAACAUCUUAGGUCGGCCACGCCUCCUACACACACUUCACAAAGAUGGUCAGCUGAGUGUUGAAGAUCUCUGGCAGAAAACUGAGGGUGUUUUUAAAAAAAUCCCAGAUGAGUGGGUGUUGGGAGCUGCCACCCAAAAGCAAGAAGUUAUUACAAACUUGUACUAUAAAAUAGCAGCCCACGUCUACAACCUGCUAACACCUCAGUACAUCCGCACUCGACGUCUGGGCAAGCCUAUCACCCACCAUGACAAGCAGCUCUGUCAGGGAUGCUGCCAAGGAGUGUGUAAGAUUGAAUGCAACAAAGAGAUGGGUAGCAUGGGUUGA